GCGACUUCCUCCUCGCCGAAUUGAAAAGCCCCAGCACGGCAGCAUCCCGAUCAGUUCCACUCACUCCAUCCACGCGCCACCACCUCCGAAAAUGAGGGUGUUCUGUGUCUUAGUGUUCAGUGUUGCGCUCGUCCUCGCCGACGAAGCCGCCAAGCAGGAGAAGCAGGAGGGCGGCGACAAGCAGAAGCGAAGCGGCUUCGGUGACUUCGGCGGAUUCGGCUAUGGCCUCGGCGGCGGCCACGGCUUCAACGGCGGAUUCGGCCAGGGCCUAGGAUACGGCCAGGGCCUAGGAUACGGCUACGGACACGGCCACUCCAUCGAGAAGACCAUCACCAUCAACAAGGAGGUCCCCGUCCCGUACCCCGUCCACGUCGAGAAACAAGUCCCGGUCCCCGUCCACGUCAAAGUCCCCGUCGACCGCCCCUACCCCGUCCAAGUCCCCGCUCCCUACCCCGUCCACGUUGAGAAACAAGUUCACGUCCCUGUCCAAGUCCCCGUCCCUGCACCCUACCCCGUCGAGAAGCGCGUCCCCUACCCCGUCCAAGUCCCCGUCGACAGGCCUUACCCCGUCCACGUACCCAAACCCUACCCAGUCUACGUCGAAAAGAAAGUCCCUUACCCUGUCGAGAAGCACGUCCCUGUCCCUGUCCAAGUCCCCGUCGACCGUCCCUACCCGGUCCAUGUUCCUGUUGAGAAGCCAGUGCCUUACCCAGUCGAGAAGCAUGUCCCGUACCCGGUGAAGGUCCCAGUCGACAGACCCUACCCUGUGCAUGUCCCACAACCGUACCCAGUCCACGUCGAGAAGGCUGUGCCAUACCCCGUCGAAAGGCCGGUGCCCUACCCGGUCAAGGUGCCCGUCAAGGAACCUUACCCCGUUCACGUACCGGUUGAGAAGCCCGUCUACGUCCCAGUCAAGUCCCACGGACCCUCCUACGGAUGGGGACACGGAUGGUAAACGCAAUCACGAUCAUGAUCUCCGCAACAUCUCACCUCAACACAUCAGCAGGUGAUGAUCCCAGAAUUGCCGACACAGUCCCCAAGAGACCCUCAACAGAUUACAAGCAGUCUAGUUUUUGGUGUUAUUUGCUGCGUUUCGAGUAUCAUUUGAACGAGUGAAUAUUAAAGACUCUAAAAUCGUUCAACUUAGAACAAUUUAUCUUGGCCAUAUAAGUCAUUCCUAAUCUUUUUCAGUGCAAGUGUGCAAGUUUGAAUGAAAUUGCUCUUUUUCUAGUCGCAAUGUCCUGUUUCUCUGCAAUUUUUCUGAGCUCAAAAGUUGACGCAAAGUUAAAAGUUAUACGUGUGAUAAGUGUGUUGUCUUGAAUGAGUGGAACGGUAGGAUAUAUAUAGUAUAAUAGUCUUUAUUUUUUUUAUUUUCUGCAUUUUUUGCUGAUCAAAUUACUCAAAUUAGUAGAAUUCUAGACACCUCAAUCAAUUCAAGCAAUUCAAAUUCCAUCUAACCAGACGAGAUUGAGUUCAACUAUCGUUAGAUAUAUAUCAUAUGUAAGUAAUUUUUCCAUAAAGUGUCAUUAAAAUUUCAAAAUCGCCUUUUUUAGUUCUUUGGCCCUAUCCUGGAUAUUUGCAUCUCUAACUUUUUUGACCGUAGAAUAUAGGCGCGUGAAGAAAAUAAUUCGCUGUAGCCAUUCAUCAAAUCCCUCUGGUGGGACGUAUUGUUGUGAACAUGAAGUUGGUACCCGAAAAUUGUCAUUUUUAUGUUUUAUCGAGCACGAAGUAUUUUGUGACACAUUUUGCAAGGGAGCAUCAUAGUGAUUAAACCACGAAUAAUCUCUCACGUAUUGCAAAAGUGAUAUAUUGAGACUGCAUCCUUUAUACUUGCUAGUACUCUGGCCAAAAAAACGAUAUUACUCUCGAAAAACCCAUUCAAAAUUGCAAGUUUGGGCGUUCAGCCACAUGUUCAUCUCGAUGUAUGCCAUGAGAGGAAUUCAUUAAUCGGCUAUGACCAAUUAUAGUGUCUGGUGUAAAUCUUUUACCGUCAAAAAAAUCCUAAGUUGCAGAAAUCGAGGGUAGUGCCAUGCAAGAGAUCUUCAUUUUUAAUGUGAUUAAAUAUUGUUGCAAAGACUGAUAAAAAAAACAAUGCUGAGCAAAACUGCCUCGCAUUUUUUCAUCACAGAACUUAUCAGAAGUCACCAUUACGGUUUUUUCAUUUUAAUUGAAAUAAUUGGUCGAGAACGAUACAAUAAACUUGUGUCAAUGCGCGUUCAAAACCAGAUAGUUGUAAAUACGAUAUGUUCCUGUCAAUAAAAACUGGAGUGAAAUAAAAACUUAGUUAUUUCGA